UACAAUCCUUCUUUCGACAGCUCCAACGCCCUUGACACACAUUUUUACGACCUUAUCGAUUACAUGGGGCACGCAGACGGCUGGCUCAGAGGCGAUCGCGUGCUGUUUUGCGUUCCACUACGAGAUGCGGCCAACCACCUGCCCAUGUUCUUUGGCCACAUGCGCAACAUGACCUAUCCGCAUUACCUCAUCGAUCUUGCAUUUCUGGUGUCGGACUCGUCCGACGACACGCUCGGCGUUUUGGAGAAGAACCUUCUGGAGAUCCAGUCGGAUCCGGACCCCGAGAUGCAUUUUGGCCAGAUCGAGAUUUUCCAGAAAGAUUUCGGUCAGAUCAUCGGCCAGGGUUUCAGCGACCGCCACGGGUUUGCGGCGCAGGGCCCGCGGCGCAAGAUGAUGGCGAGGGCCCGCAAUUGGCUCUCGUCGGCAGCACUCAAGCCGUACCAUUCAUGGGUGUACUGGCGAGACGUGGACGUGGAGACGAUCUCGCCGACGAUCAUUGAGGACCUGAUGCAUCACGACCGCGAGGUGAUAGUGCCGAAUGUGUGGCGGCCGCUGCCGGAAUGGCUGGGGAACCAGCAGCCGUACGACCUGAACUCGUGGCAGGAGAGCGACGGCGGGCUGCAACUGGCCAACACUCUGGACCAGGACGCGGUCAUCGUGGAAGGUUACGUGGAGUACGCUACGUGGCGGCCCCACCUGGCGUAUCUGCGCGACCCGUACGGCGACCCAGAGACAGAGAUGGUGCUGGACGGGAUCGGCGGAGUUUCGAUCUUGUCGAAGGCGCGCGUUUUCAAGAGCGGUGCGCACUUCCCGGCGUUCUCGUUCGAGAAGCACGCGGAGACCGAAGGGUUUGGCAAGAUGUGUAAGCGGAUGGGGUAUGCGGUGGUGGGGCUGCCGCACUACGUGAUCUGGCACAUCUACGAGCCGUCGAACGACGAUCUGAAGCACAUGGAGUGGAUGGCGCAGGAGGAGGUGCGACAGCAGCGCGAGGAGAGCAUGCAGAAGGUGUACCAACGCGUUUACGGUGCGGGUUUUCUGGACGUGGAGGACGAAUGGAAGGAGGAGAAGCCGCUGAUUCUGCGCAACACAGACAGCUCUCGGGGCGCGCGCAAGAUCCAGGUCGACUGGGACGACGUCGACGUGUAUGGGGACGAUCUGAAGGAGCCGGACCUAGCCGACCAGGACCUCGCUGAUUUCGACCCG